GCUAGGGAAAGAGGAACAUAAUUCAGAUAGCAGAGAAACCUCAUAGACUACACAGCUUCUACCAGUCAGUAGAACAGACGGAGUGACAGAGAGAGGCAGACUCUGACGCUAACCCAGACACAACAACAACAGCAACUGCCAAACCAGCACUACUGGUCUCCAAGAUGGCAGGGAUGAAGGAGCUGCAGGUCACAGAGGAGAAACCCCUGCUGCCUGAACAGAGAGGACCGGACACAGACACGCAGCUGUGUAGAGGAGGUGGGGAGGUCAGUGUGUACACCAGCCCCCACAGCUCCGCCCCCCUCUCUUGUGCAACCCCACCCCUCCGCUGGCAUGUGAUGGCGAGGCGCUGGCUAACCCAGACUCGCAGGCGGACCAGUGGGUGCAUCCUGGACGACUGUGAAUUCCUGAUGCCUGUUGGAAACUGGAAGGAACAGGACAUUGAGACUCCCUACGGGUUGCUGCAUGUGGUGAUCCGAGGGGCUCCGAGGGGAAACAAACCAGCCAUCCUCACCUACCACGACGUGGGUCUGAACCACAAGCUCUGCUUCAACUCCUUCUUCCACAAUGAAGACAUGCAGGAGAUUACCCAGCACUUUGUGGUAUGUCAUGUCGACGCUCCGGGACAGCAGAUCGGUGCUUCUCAGCUACCACAGGGGUACCAGUUCCCCACCAUGGACCAGCUGGCCAGUAUGCUGCCCAGCGUCAUCCAGCACUUUGGAUUCAAGAGCAUCGUGGGAAUUGGAGUUGGAGCUGGAGCCUACAUCCUGGCCAAGUUUGCUCUGAUCUUCCCGGACCUGGUUGAGGGUCUGGUUCUGCUCAACAUCGACCCAAAUGGGAAGGGCUGGAUUGACUGGGCGGCAUCAAAGUUGUCUGGUCUGACCAGUGCUCUGCCUGACACAGUGUUGCCUCAUCUCUUCAGCCAGGAGGAAUUGAUGAACAACACAGAGCUGGUCCAGAGCUACAGACAACAGAUCAACAACACCAUCAACCAGUUCAAUCUUCAGCUCUUCUGGAACAUGUACAACAGUCGUCGGGACCUGGAGAUGAACCGCAGUGGGACAGUGCUCAAUGCCAAGACCCUGAGGUGCCCUGUCAUGUUGGUUGUGGGGGACAAUGCCCCAGCUGAGGAGGGAGUGGUUGAAUGCAAUUCUAAACUGGAUCCGAGCCACACAACGUUCUUGAAGAUGGCUGAUUCUGGUGGACUUCCCCAGUUAACACAGCCUGGGAAGCUGAGUGAAGCCUUCAAGUACUUCCUGCAGGGCAUGAGCUACAUUGCGUGUGUGAAGGAUGGAAGGUUGAGUGGAGGGCCAGGUACUUCCUGUUUGGUGUUGCCCUCUGCCGUUCCCUUCAGCUCAGAUGCAGUGUUGCCAAUUUGCCGACUUUACACCUUGCCUAGUGGCAAAAAAUCUUAUCUUGCGACUUGCGAAAAAUCUAUCGACUUUCUGCUACUUUGCCAAUCUCCGUUUUCAGUUGUUGUGCAGCAGCAAACAGUUUUCUUUUACAUUAUGUUUGCCUUUCUUAGUGUUUUAGUGGUCCGAAUGUUUAUAGAAGUAGGCUUCUAAUUGUACUUAGUACAUCUACAGAUCUAAAGCUUGACGCUACAUGAUGCCAUCACCAUCUUGUGACUUUUAUCAACUUUUCAAAGAGCCAAUAGUGACUUCUGGCAACACUGCUCAGAUUAUCUUACUUUGACGCAAGUUUAGAUUGUUCUUUUUGCUCUUCAUCUCGUCCUAAAAUCUUUUUAUAUAUAUUCAAUACUGUGGAUUAUUUGCUUUCAGGAGUCUGUAUUCAACCCUGCUGCCCUGUCCUCAACCCUGCUGUCCUCAACCCUGCUGCCCUGUCUAAAACCCUGCUGCCCUCAACCCUAAUGUCCUCAACCCUGCUCUCCUCAACCCUGCUGCCCUGUCUAAAAUCCAGAUUUCCAGUCUAAAACCCAGAUGUCCUCAACCCUGCUGUCUUCAACCCUGCUGUCUUCAACCCUGCUGUCCUCAACCCUGCUGUCCUCAACCCUGCUGUCCUCAACCCUGCUGUCCUCAACCCUGCUGUCCUCAACCCUGCUGUCUCCAAUCCUGCUGUCCUCAACCCUGCUGUCUUCAACCCUGCUGAUAGUGGUGUUAACCAAUCAAAUAGUGUUGCCAGU